CUACAUGGUUCUUUGGAAGCAAGAGAAAAUGCUACCUCCAAUUCUGUCCCUUUGCAUCUCUAAAAUCUCUAGAGCUCGAUGGGCUCACUGAAAAUCAAUGUAAGAAGAAACGUGUACAUUUGAAAAAUGAAUAGAAACAGAAUGUACAAAGCAGAUAAGCAGCGGCUGUUUGCUUUUGGGUGCCCUUGAUAUCUCAAUGCUAUGAAACGUAAAUAUACCAUUUAUUUACAGUCAUGCAGAUUCUAUCGCAUGCUCAAUUAUGGCCGAGCAUUCUAGUUAAAAACUACGUGGAGCACAAUGACAGAAAUUUUAAUUAUAAGAUGAAAGCUGGUUUUAUUUCACAGCGGGCUUCAAGUUUAAGGACAAAAACUAAUGCCUUGUUUACCAAGGUAAAGAGAAACGCCUUAGGCCAUCACUCUCACUUCUUUGCUGGAGAUAAUGAAGGGUAUUUGAACUUCAGACGCUUUUACUUCGGGAAACGGAAUAAGAAUAAAAUGAGAGUUCUCAUGGCAGUAGCCAAAGUUAAAGAUUACUAUUCCAUCCUCAAUGUGUCCAAAACAGCCAGCAAUCAAGAUGUCAAAGCUGCUUACAGAAAACUUGCUCGUAAGAUUGAAGUUUAUUUGGAGAAAAAUCUCGAUAUUGCUUACAGUUGGGUGAGCUUCUUGUCAAAGAAUCCGCAGAUUUUGGAGUAUAACCAGUAUCAUCCAGAUAUGAAUAAGAGUCCAGGAGCGGAAGAAAAGUUUAAGAAAAUUGGUGCUGCAUAUGAGGUUUUGUCUGAUGAGCGAAAGAGAUCUUUGUAUGACCAGUAUGGAGAGUCAGGUUUAGAUGGAGCAUAUGAAGAUGCUACUUCUGGUCCACCUGAGGUUACUCCAUUUGAUGUGUUUGAAUCCUUUUUUCCCGGAGAUCGUGCAGAAUAUGAGUACUUUGAUGAUUUGGGAGGUACUGGUUUUAAAUAUCAAAAUAGUGGGCGUCAGCGGGGCAAUGACAUAAGAUUUGACUUGUCUCUAAGCUUUAAGGAAGCAGUUUUUGGAGUUGUGAAGGAGUUUGAUAUAUUUUUCUGGAAGACUUGUGGAAGUUGCAUGGGGAAUGGGGAAAAGUCUGGUGCAAGCAGUCGUAAAUGUCAAGAUUGCAGAGGCAAAGGCCAUGUGAAGAAAACACAGAGGAUGUCGUUCGGGGUUGUUUCACAGGUGUCUACUUGCUCAAAAUGUAAAGGUGAAGGUAAGGUGAUUACUGAUCCAUGCCGUAAAUGCGGUGGGGAUGGGAGAGUUCGGUCCAAGAAGACUGUAAAACUUGAAAUUCCACCAGGUGUAUGUGAUGGCAAUACCAUACAACUUUCUGGAGAUGGAGACUCUGGAAAAAAGGGGGGCCCAGCUGGUGACCUGUAUGUGUUUCUUAAUAUACAGGAAAUGCAAGGAAUUGAAAGGGAUGGUGUCAACCUUCGUUCUAAAGUUACUAUCAACUACACAGAGGCAAUACUGGGAACAAUAUUAAAGGUGGAGACUGUGGAGGGAUUCAAAAGUCUUGAAAUUCCUGCAGGAACACAACCAGGUGAUGUGUUAGUAAUGCAUAAUAUGGGCGUUCCAAAGCUUGAAAAGCCAUCAAGGAGGGGCAAUCACCUAUUUGUAGUGAAUGUUGCCAUUCCCAAAAAAAUCAGUGCUGUGGAACACAAACUAGUUGAGGAACUGGCGCAUCUGCAUGGUACCAGCAAGUCUUUCUCAAUAUUUUCGAAAGCUGGAGAUCAAUCAGGUAAAGGAAAGCGAGACAGAAAAAUGAGUACAGAACGCGAAGCUGCUGCAGAAGAGAAUAAAAGUAGAUCAUUUUGGGACUCAAUCAAGAAUAUGGCAAGUCAAGAAGACCAAAGCAGGGAUACCCUCACAAUUUAGAUGGUUUGAGUCUGUGUGAUCAAGAAUAUAAGCAAGGAAAACAAGGCAGGGGCUAACAUCUUCAGCACACAAUUAGGAAGAUUGAAGCGAAAAGAGAAGAGUGAGAAGACCAUGAUGAAUGCUACGGUCUUCCAGGCCAGUAUAAAGAGACUAAAUCAAAAGACAGGGUAGGUGUUAUAGUCAGGCAACUUACAAUGGCGCUGGCCUUACCACAGGUGAAAUUGUUAGUGCAGCAGACAUAGACUUUACCUUCUCUAACAGGACUGCAUCUAAAGAUCAAAAACUUUUUCCUGAAAGACGAGCUUAUGAUAACAAGUUGUUUAUGUUUUUGUAAUAAAAUUGAUUGUUAUCCUAAAUACUCAGCUAAUAUGCAGAAAAAUAUGUAGUCAACGUUUUCUCACUGUAGUGAGAACUACAUAAAUAUUUGCUGAGAACUUCUGUUGAACAAUAAAAGUAUGUUUGUUAUUUGUUGUGUUCAAUUCAUUGUAAUGACAGUUUUGUGGGCAAAUUGGCAGGUCGGAGGGCUCAAGAAGCAAAUUCAGUUCCAUGAGUUUACAAGCAA